UAAAACAAGAGUAAAUUAUCUGGAAAACGUCAGAUAAAAAGUGAACUUCAUAGCCGAGUGUUGCCAGUUGAUGACAGUUAUUUUACUGUUUGACAAAUGGUAGCAAGUUUAUUUUAAUUUUUACUGGUGAUCCGUCGACUUAUUGCGCCAUUGAUGGAGAUUAAAACGAUCAUCAAUGUUUGCGAGUCUUGAUUAUCUAUUGAGGUCGAGGAUGGGUAAUUGUAUGUGUGGUCGUGAAACGCUUACCAUCAAUAACAGAAGAUUCUACUUCAGGAAUCGACUAGGAGAAGGGGGGUUCAGUUAUGUGGAUUUGGUUGAGGAUGCCAGAAGCCACAAGGACUACGCUUUGAAGCGGAUAACGUGCCAUUCUAAAGAAGAAGAGCGUGUGGCAGCACGGGAAGUGGAGCUAAUGAAGCGAUUCAAACAUCCAAAUAUCGUCCCUCUGGUGGAGUCCGCUAACAUCAAAGUGAACCAGUACUCCAAGACACUAGAUAUCCUUAGUGAAGUCUUGAUAGUAAUGCCUUAUUACAGUAGAGGUUCUGUUCAAGACCAUAUUGAGAAGUUAAGUAAACGGUCUGAGAAGAUCCCAGAAGAUCAGAUUUGGACCAUGUUCCUAGGAAUCUGUCAAGCGGUGAAAGAGUUUCACAGUCAGAAUCCUCCAUAUGCUCACAGAGACAUUAAACCAGCUAAUGUGAUGAUUGCUGACGAUGGAUCACCCAUUUUAAUGGAUCUGGGUUCUGCAGAUUUAGCCAGAGUGGAUGUUUCUUCUGCUAAAAUAUCCAGACAGUUACAGGAUGAGGCAGCAGAGAGGUGUUCCAUGUUUUAUCGAGCUCCUGAACUCUUUAAUGUUGAAACAGGAUCCACUGUUGAUGAAAGGACAGACAUCUGGUCCUUGGGAUGUUUGUUAUAUGCCCUGACUUUCCUAGAAUCCCCUUUUGAUAAAAUAUAUGCCCAGGGUGGCAGUAUAGCUCUAGCUACACAGAGUGAAAAUAUUAAAUUUCCUGAAAAUUCAGGAUAUACCAGUGCAAUACAUGAAUUAAUUCUUAGACUUAUGAAAGUGAAUGUAGCCGAGAGACCAUUUAUUGACAAUGUGAUAGAAAUAGUGGAAGCUAACUACAGAAAAUCCCAAAACCAGGUCUGACCAAUGAGAACUGAGGAUUGCCAAACCAAAUCUUACCAAUAUGAAAAGGCCAUGUAUGUGGACAUUU